UAUUUUUUUUGGAAUGGAUGAAAAUUCAAUCCAUAUUCAUCAUAUUUUGUGUCACUACUAUUUAAAUCUUGUUUUUUUAAGGAAAGAAAAUACAACUGAGGACACGCAAAGGAUGGCGUUCUCACCUCCGACAAAGCUCGCCGGAAUUCGUGAAAAGAUUUGCGGUUUUCGUGAGCCUCUAUGCGACCCAAAACAACACGGAGAAAAAAAAAACCGAGAGAGAGAGGGGCAUCCGGGGCAUGAGCAUGACUCGUCAUCUUUCCCAGCUCUCUUUCUUCCCCCCCUUGCUCUGCUGACGCGCCGGUCCGUCAAGUCGCCGCCUAUCUGCUCGCUCGCCCGGCGGCCGCCGUCCAUGGCGAUGGCGGAUGAAGGCGACAAAGGAGAGAUAGCAUUUUUUUUUUGUCAAGCUGCGCAGCCGCCUGGAUUAGACCCAAGAACCCGGCGAUCUGCGGCGGCCAUGGCGACCGGCGACAUGGCCGGCGGCGGCGGCGGGGAGGGGGAGUCGGAGGGGGGCCCCGGCUACGUGCUCUCGCUCCCGGCGGCGUGGCUCCCCCUGCCCGUCGCCGUUUCCUGCCUGGACGCCACCGUCCGGCGCAAGGCGCGCAGCCGUCUCCGCCUCCGUGCCCAGCCGUCGGGCUGGUGGGCCUUCAAGCUCCCCGUCGUCCCUGCGCCGGAGGAGGCAAAGAGGCCGGUUCCCCCUGCGUCGGCGGUUAAUAAUCCGACCGAGGCGGCCCGUCCCCAGCGCCUGCGCGUGCGCCAGGCCCCGGUCCCCGACCCAUACACCCCCGCGGCGGUGGAGGAGAGGCCGGCGAAGAGGGCUAGGUUGUGCCUGCAGUGCGGCGCGGCGGUGACGCCGCAGUGGAGGUCGGGGCCGAUGGGGCAGGGCACGCUCUGCAACGCCUGCGGGGUCCGGCUCAAGGCGGCCGGGGCACUGCGGGGGCAGGUGCAGCGCCGCCCCACGCCGGCGACCGCGAGGACGCCCGCCCGACCACCGCCCCCGGACAGCCCGGUCUCGGAGUCGUCGCCCGACAGCCCGAUCUGGGAGCCCGGGUCAGUUCCCGAUGUUUACCUGGUGAGGAAGAAGCCUCUGAAGCGGGGGAAACCUCCGCCGCGUCCGAGGACGGAACCCGCGCCGGCGCCAGCGCCAGCGCCAGCCGUGUACCUCGUCAAGAAGAAGAAGAAGAAGAAAAAGGCGGCGGCUUCGGCGGAUUCGUCGAGGAAGCCGUGGCGGCCCCGGAAGUCGGCGAAGCAGUGUCUGCACUGCGGGUCGUCGUCGACGCCGCAGUGGCGGGAGGGGCCGCUGGGCCGCAGCACGCUGUGCAACGCGUGCGGCGUGCGGUACAGGCAGGGGCGGCUGCUGCCGGAGUACCGGCCGAUAGCGAGCCCCACCUUCGAGCCGUCGGAGCACGCCAACAGGCACAGCCAGGUGCUGCAGCUCCACCGGCAUCGGAAGAGCCAGAGCCAGAGCCAGAGCCACCACCAGCAGCACCCUCUGCCCGUGGAGCAUCACCCUCCGCGAGCCAUGGACGUGCUCCAGUUUCCACCCCAGCGGUGGCACGUGAAGGAGGAGUACCCGCCGACGCCGGUCCACCAGCCUCUGAGCCUCGCCGGCGGCGUUGGGGGUCUGAUGGUCGACGCGGCGGCAGAUGCUGAUGCAGGACAAGGCGGCGACCGUGGCAAGGGUAGUGACCUGAACAACGCGCCGAGCUCGCUGGACUCACUGCUGCUGGAGGGCCCGUCGGCGCCGCUGCUUGUCGACGGCGACCAGCCCUUGAUCGACUAGCUAGCCAGAAGCCUACUAGGGGCAAUCCAGCUGAUUUGAGAGAAUAGUAAUCUUCUUGGUCUUUCUCCUUUUCUGAGAUCUCUCGGUAACUUUAUCAACUUUGGUUGUGUGUAUUUGUUCGUCUUUCGGCAAAAUUUUCGUGUAACUUUAUCAUGAAUGGCAGGAUUUGUAGCAAUUGCUCCGGCCAAAUCUAGGUGUUGUUGCAA